UGUGUCAACCACAAAAAUUACUUCCGGAAAAUGGCGGCACCUGUCAGAAACAGUUCAGGCUGCUGGGGCGUCCCAGAGGUUUAUAAACACCACGAACAGCGGAAAGUUUGCAUUUCUCGACCAAAAUAUAGAGACGGAAGGAAAGCAAAAGCUGUUAAGGUGUACACCAUCAAUUUAGAGUCUCGUUACCUGAUGGUCCAAGGGGUCCCAGCCAUUGGAGUGAUGACAGAGCUGAUUCAACUGUGUGCUCUGUACGGAGUUGUGGAGGAGUACAGGCCCCUGGACGAGUACCCUGCUGAAGAGUUCACGGAGGUCUACCUUGUCAAGUUCCAGAAACUCACCAGUGCCAGAGCAGCCAAGCGACACAUGGAUGAGAAGAGUUUCUAUGGUGGUGUGCUGCAUGUGUGCUACGUCCCCGAAUAUGAGACUGUGGAAGACACCAGGCUAAAGCUGCAGGACAGGAGGCGAUACAUAAUAAGGGCUGUUCGGAAUAAAGCAAGAGAAAAGGAACAGAAGGAGGCAGUAAACGAGGAGCCCACAUCGUCAGACACAACCACCACAUUAGCGACGGUCAUCACCAGACAUGAUAAAACCUCUGACAAUCAUAAUACAGGGGAGACUUUAAACAUCAGCCAUUAUUCAAGCUUUCCUCUACUGCCAUUACCUCCCCAGGAACAUCAUUACUAUAGACAUAAAUAUCAACAUGUGACUAUACCAACAGAGGACAAAAUGGGGACAUUACAUAAUGCCAUCAUUGACACAAAACAGCAGUCAGUGCAGAGUCCAAGCUCCAGCCAAACCUCUUCAGACAGAGACAGAGGCACAGAACACAGACUGACCCCAACUCAGUCCUCUGCAGUCAGAUUUGUCCCAAGGACCACACACUUGGAGAACAGGAAACGCAAGAUGGAAGAGGCUGCAGAGCACUCACUGACUGAUGUUACUACAGACAAUGAGCCACUUAUUGGGCCAAAGCUACCAGAACCACCUAAACUGGACAUGGAGGAUAAGUCACUGAACACAACUGUAAGCCUGAUCAGGAACGCAAUGAAACAGGUGGGAUCAGUUCCUGACCUCAAACCAGUAGAGAAAAAGGUGAAACCACGUCGUCGUAUUUGAUCGAGCGAGCUGCCUUGAUGCUGGACUUUAUGCAGAGAUGACUGCUACUACUUUGGAAAAUGACCAUUCAAACAGUUUCUCUUGGCAGCUCGUUUUUCUUUACACAUUUUUGCAUCGCACUGCAAACAGCUGUUAACAUUUUUAUUAAAGAUUACAUAGCUGAAAAUGCA